CCUCUGCCCCCACUCUCCGCCCCAGCCGCCAUUGCCUCGUGCCCGCGCCGGUCGGUUGGUGGCGCCUUUGUCCUACGGCGGGCAGGUGGGCUGAGGUGGAGGCGGCAGGGGCGGGCCUGAGGCGAAGGAGAGGUCGGGAGCCCGCCGCGCUGGUAGCGAUAUUAAUAAGGCAGCGGAAAGAAGAAAUAUGAAUACGGCUCCAUCAAGACCCAGCCCCACACGAAGAGAUCCAUAUGGCUUUGGAGACGGUCGAGAUACAAGACGUGAUAGAUCCCCAAUCCGAGGAAGUCCAAGGAGAGAGCCCAGGGAUGGCAGAAAUGGCCGUGAUGCCCGUGAUAGCAGAGCCAUGCGAGACCCCCGAGACUUGCGGGACCACAGAGAUAGCAGAGACAUUCGGGAUCACAGAGACAGCAGAAGUAUGCGUGAUGCUCGGGACAUGAGAGACCUUAGAGACUUUCGUGAUCUAAGAGACUCUAGGGAUUUUCGAGAUCACCGGGACCCCAUGUACGACAGAUACAGAGAUAUGAGAGACUCCCGAGAGCCCAUGUACAGGAGAGAAAGCUCUUAUGACCGAUACCUGCGAAUGGAUGACUAUUGCAGGAGGAAGGACGAUGCUUAUUUUGACCGCUAUAGAGAUAGCUUUGAUGGACGAGGCCCUCCAGGCCCAGAAAGUCAGUCUCGUGCAAAAGAGCGUUUGAAACGUGAGGAACGGCGUAGAGAAGAACUUUAUCGUCAAUAUUUUGAGGAAAUCCAGAGACGUUUUGAUGCCGAGAGGCCUGUUGAUUGUUCUGUGAUUGUGGUCAACAAGCAGACUAAAGAUUAUGCUGAAUCUGUGGGGCGGAAGGUACGAGACCUAGGCAUGGUAGUGGACUUGAUCUUCCUCAACACAGAGGUGUCCCUGUCACAAGCCUUGGAGGAUGUUAGCAGGGGUGGGUCUCCUUUUGCUAUCGUCAUCACCCAGCAACACCAGAUUCACCGCUCCUGCACAGUCAACAUCAUGUUUGGAACCCCACAAGAGCAUCGCAACAUGCCCCAGGCAGACGCCAUGGUGCUGGUGGCCAGAAAUUAUGAGCGCUACAAGAAUGAGUGUCGGGAGAAGGAACGUGAGGAGAUUGCCAGACAGGCAGCCAAGAUGGCUGAUGAAGCCAUCUUGCAAGAAAGGGAGCGUGGAGGCCCCGAGGAAGGAGUGCGCGGGGGGCACCCCCCGGCCAUCCAAAGCCUCCUCAACCUACUGGCAGAUAAUAGGUACCUCACUGCCGAGGAGACUGACAAGAUUAUCAACUACCUGCGAGAGCGGAAGGAGCGCCUUAUGAGGAGCAGCACCGACUCUCUGCCUGGUGAGCUACGUGGCAGGGCCGAGGCCCGAUUUCCCGCCAACCACUCGGGGCGACCUCGGGUGCCUCGCUGAAGACACAGCCAAGCUCCCAACCGCUCCAGAGCGGCCAAGUGCUCCCCUCUGCUACACCCAGUCCAGCUGCACCCCCCACCUCCCAGCAAGAGCUUCAGGCCAAAAUCCUCAGCCUCUUCAAUAGUGGCACGGUUGUGGCCAAUAGCAGCUCUGCAUCCCCCUCCGUCGUUGCCGGAAACACCCAGAACCAGAAUUUUUCCACAGCAGCGAACAGCCAGCCUCAGCAAAGAUCACAGGCCUCUGGCAAUCAGCCUCCAAACAUUUUGGGACAGGCGGGAUCUGCUCGGAACAUGGGCCCCAGGCCUGGGGCUCCUUCCCAAGGGCUCUUUGGCCAACCUUCCAGUCGCCUAGCACCUGCCAGCAACAUGGCUAGCCAGAGGCCCGUGUCUUCCACGGGUAUCAACUUUGACAAUCCAAGUGUACAGAAGGCUCUGGACACCCUGAUCCAGAGUGGCCCUGCUCUCUCCCACCUGGUUAGCCAAACCGCAGCACAGGUGGGGCGGCCCCAGGCCCCGAUGGGAUCUUACCAGAGGCAUUACUGAGGCUCAGUCUCUCAACUACCCCUCCCCCCCGUCCCCUCAUCCCCUGGCCUCCCACCAACUGCGUUCAAAUAGAGUUAUUUGGAGGAUGUUCUCUGCGCCUCUCCAGCUCUACAUCGAAUGUUUCUACCACCUGCUCUCUCUCCUGCCCGAGGCUGUGUUGCUUACUCCUUCCAGAGUCAGUUUAUACUGCAUUUGGGGGUGUAUCUUUUUUUGUUUUUGUUUUUUGUUUUGUAGAAAAUAAAUACAUCUGGGGUCACCUGGGCAGUAUAGGUGUCUGGGCUCAGUUUAUAUGUCA